UUGGGAAGAUAGGAUUUCUAAAGUAGAAAAGGGUAUAGACACUCAUAACCAACAUCUUCAAAAAGUACUCGAGAAACAUGCAUGGGGAUAUUGGAGAAAGGCAGCUGUUGUGAGCUGGACCAUGUCAUUUUUUAAACAGUUUCGUAGCCCUGUUACCCUGUCAGAGUACAUAGCACUUCGAGAAGGAUUUAUCAUGACCCAUUGCCCUGACGUACGUGAAUUUGAUUUUCACAAUCACAUGACAUUGUCACUUGAAAGGGACUUCAGACAUGUUGUUGGCAUAAGCUGGUACCAAUGGCUGUUUGUGGUGGUGUUUUUGACAUUGAAUGUGGAAGGAUGGCAUGCGUAUUUCUGGUUAUCAUUUCUACCUGUAAUUCUUCUACUUCUUGUGGGAGCCAAGCUGGAGCACAUAAUAGUUCGUUUAGCUCAAGACGUUGAUGAAAUGAAGAAGCUGCAGGGGCAGGAAGCAGCACCAGUAAAACCUUCCGAUGAAUACUUUUGGUUUAAUCGCCCUCGGAUCAUUCUUCACUUUAUUCACUUUAUUCUAUUUCAGAAUGCCUUUGAGAUUGCAUUCUUCUUCUGGAUCUUGUGGACCUAUGGUUUCCAUUCAUGCAUCAUGGGAAGAAAAGGCUUUAUCAUCACUAGACUCAUAAUGGGUGUAAUUGUUCAAUGUCUAUGCAGUUACAUCACCUUGCCCUUGUAUGCUCUUGUCACAAAGAUGGGAACGUCUUUUGAGCCAGUGCAACCUCAACGGCAAUCAUCUAUGAACAUUUGAACGAAGAAACAGAAAGGGGACACCAGAAAGAUGGGCUAAUCUGGUGCAAGUGUGAAACACAUGAAUAAGCUGGAAAAAGAAUCAUCUUGAAGUGUUCACAUUGGACAGCUAGAAACGAUCAGUAUUGAAGAAACCACUAAAUCAAAAAUAGAUCUGUGGUGUGCAGAUCAAACUAUCCUGGCCCUGCAAUGCUUUUCAGACAGUGGUGUUGCACAAAACUGUUCUUAGGAACAAAAUACACUGGAUAUUUAACUCUAAACAUUAACAAUGGAGGACAGGAUUAGGUUCAGAUAUAUAGAAUAAACGAUAACUCAUGUAACAAGCAGGAAAGGAAUAAUAGAUAUUAGCCCAUUUUGUUGAAGUUGGCUGACUAUGCUGCCGCAUCAAACAAGCUUGAGCUGAGUUGGAUUUGCCUCUGAAUUUUUCCUGUUGUAUUGAUAUUUGAUGAAACAUAAUAAAAACAGCAUUAACUCAGUUCAAACACGGAAGCAUUAAAGACUAAGACCAAUGAAAGAACAGAAGCAGUGCAGGAAUUGUUUAAGCUCUUGGUUUUAAACCGAAAUUUUCCCUCUCAUUGCUUUCAUUCAGAAUAGGGUUUAUAUACAGGCAAGUUUACUCCAAUGAUCGUGACAUAAGCUUGUAAAACACACUAACUAAACUUUGCAAGUAAUCUGGGCAGAGUUCAA